AUGAAAAAUACCACUGGCUGGUACCCCAGUGGCAUCGCUACGCCUUCGAACAUCUUCAACCCUUCCAACGCGCUGAUAAAGGCCAUGAUCGUCACCUCCGGGACGGCGAUGGCUUCAUACGACAGCUCGGCGGGGUCAACUACCCUGGGAAGCCCACCAGACGGCAUCCAGGGCUUCGGCCGCGUGCUCCUAGACUCCGUUCUGAACGUGCGGGGCUCCGUGGACCUGUUUGUGGAAGACUGGGUGGACAUGGCCCACGGGGAUGUCAACAGUCACCUCAUCGAGAUGGACGGGGUUUCCAGUUCGGCAUUCGACGGCGAUAUGAAGGUUACGAUGGUGUGGAUGGAGCCCGCGGGAAUUUCUGGGUCUGUGGCACCCGUUUUCAAUGACCUCGAUCUCAAGGUGGUCGCUUACGAUGGCACCUCGGAGAGUACGUUCUACCCCAACAACCUGGCAGCUAAGGACCCCGACAAUACGGUGGAGAUGGUCGUCAUCCCAGACGUCGACUCCUACGAGUGGUUCAAUGUGACGGUCACCGGAGCGAGCGUGACGACGACGAGGCUUCCGUACUACGCCCUCGUAGUGACCGGCGGAGUUGCCGGGGCCUACUCUCCCACGGCUUCCACCGCAAGGUCCUGGUAUGUUCGAUGGGAGAUGGACAUUGACGGGAUACCGGUGGCCCAGGUAGCAACCGAGGCCUUCGAAGCCGGCCUAGCGGAGGCCAUAUCUGCCGAGACCGGCGACUACACCGAUGAGACCUCCUCCGUGAUGGUCAAAAUCGACCAUUCGACGGCAUUCGCGAGCGACGACCGCAGCACGGUAACCGUUGAGAUCGUCGUCGCCUCCGAAGCGGACGGCUACGCUGUUCUCACGUACAUCAUCUCCUUCGUGGAAGGCACCAGCUCCUCGGUGGCAGAGGGCAACCAAGGCCUGGUGGCGGCCCUCAACCAAGCCCUCGAGAGCCGCACCACGGAGGGCUGCGCCUGCGUGGAGGUGCAAGUGAUCGACGGGGGGGGCUACGACUGCUCGGCCUGCGAAGAGGGCGCAGUCUUCUCGACCGCGUCGUCCAUCACGACGGCGUCGCCGGGCGGGUACGACCUUCUCUCCGUGGAUCGAUCCUCGGGCCGGUCCCCGGUGUCCAUCUUCGCCUCCGCCAGCGACGACUCCGACGCGGACGACGACGACAUGUUCUGGAGCGACCUCGCCGGGGGGAAGACGAUCAGGGGCAUCAUCCGGUCUGACAGCUACGUGCACAUGGCCGGGGUCGUCAUCGCCAUCGUGCUCUCCACCUCCCUUGGACUGUUCGCCCUGCGCCGGGGUCGUCUGGACGCCGAGGGCAGGCGUUUGAGCUCGACAAGCGGUAGCGGGCGCGACGGGGUUGUCUCUCCUCGACCGGGAAAGGCGAGGCUCUCGGAUGCCGGCACGACGCAGGGUGUCGCCGAUAGGAAGGCUUCCGGGAGCAAGCGUCGUGAUGAUAGCCAUGAGAUGUUUACGCCUCAGGCCACGCCGGCGCCAUAG